AUGCUAUCCAACACAACUGAUUAUAAUGAUGGUAUCCUUAUAAUAGAACAUUGUAUUUUUUAUUUAACGUUUGGUUACUUUCAGAUAGCAGAAGUUGAAAAGCGUUCUUCAACACUCUGUUAUCUAGACAGUCCUACCCGUACCCUGGAUGGACAGUUCACAAAAAGCGACCAGAUGACGCCAUCGUACUGUCAGAAGUUCUGUACUAAAGGAAACUACAAGUUAUAUGGUGUUGAGGCAUCAAACUGGUGUCAUUGUGGAAAUUACAUAACAAGAGAUGUUCUGAAGGAUCCAUCUGACUGUGAAGAAAAAUGCAGUGGAGAUAGUGACCAAAUAUGUGGAGGAGCCUGGGCCAUUAACAUCUUCGCAAAUCCUGAGUACAAGAACCCAGAUGAUUUGGUACAAGGGAGCAAUGGAGAAUACGUAGGGUGUUUUCAAGACCAGUCCUGUAGAUCUUUUACCGGAAAUCACUACAGAAGCAACCAAAUGACAAUUGAGAAAUGCAAAUCCUUCUGCACGAGCUACUCAAUGUAUGCUCUUGAGGCAACCACAGGAUGUUGGUGCUCAAAUUAUUUCAAAACAAGAGUUCCGAAACCGGAUUCAGAUUGUAACAUGAAAUGUACAGGAAAUUCUGAUCAGAUUUGUGGAGGAGCAUGGAGACUGAGCGUCUAUAAAAACCCAGACUACCAGGCAAGCUGCUGAGAAAAGAGGGAACCAGCGUCAAAAAAGCGGACAACAGAUUAAUUAU